CUUUUCAAAAGUCUCGAGUCAUGAUCUGAUAAUGUUUUGUUUUACACAUUCAAAUAAGCAAAUGUGAUGGUAGUGUUUCUUGUAACUGAGAUCAUCCAUGAUGGUCCUUCCCCUCAUUUUCCUCUGUUUCUUCCUGGAAUCCUCCAUUGCUAUCGACACCAUAUCUCCGAACCAAACACUCUCAGACAACGGCCAAACUCUUGUUUCAUCAGGCGAAAAGUUCGAGCUAGGCUUCUUCAGUCCAUGGAACUCCAACAGCCGUUACAUAGGAAUAUGGUUCUACAAAGUCCCACAACAAACACCUGUGUGGGUGGCCAACAAGGACACCCCAAUCCCAGAUUCCUCCGGUGUCCUCACCAUCUCUGCAACCGGCAACAUCAUUAUUUUCGACAACCAGACUCGUGUCAUCAUAUGGACAUCAAAUUCUUCAUCCCCGACAAUGACUAAUCCAGUCCUGCAGCUCCUUGACACUGGCAACCUCGUCGUGGUGGCAAACGGUGGCAACAACUAUCUGUGGCAAAGCUUUGAUCAUCCAUGUGAUACGUUGAUACCGGGAAUGAAACUGGGAUGGGACCUUAGAACCAAUCAAGAGUGGUACUUGAGGUCAUGGAAUAGUCUGCAGGAUCCAUCUCCAGGUGUGUAUACAUAUAGACUAGACUAUAGUGGGCUUCCUCAGCUUAUUCUUCGCCAAAAUUCAGUAAUAGUAUAUCGAAGCGGUCCAUGGGAUGGUACUCGGUUUGGUGGUGGUCCUCCACUAGGACAAAAUCCAGUGUUCACACCCAUCUUCGUGGUUAAUUCGAGCUACGUUUACUAUUCCUUCGAAAACAAUGUAGACACUAUGUUUUCGAGGUUUGUGGCGAACCAGUCAGGCACGCUUGAACACCUCUACUUUAGGCGGAGCGAAUGGGUUGAUGCAGUUAAGCUGAUAGUUGACACCUGUGAUGACUAUGCACAUUGUGGUCCUUAUGGUAUAUGCAAUAUCAAUGAUUCACCUAUUUGUCAUUGCGCGGAUGGGUUCACACCCAAAUUCCCAAAUGACUGGAAUAGGCUUGAUUAUACUGGUGGGUGUGUUCCGAGGACACCAUUGAAUUGCAGCGUGCCGGUGGGGUUUAGGAAGUUUCCGGGGCUGAAGUUGCCGGAUUCGUCCUCUUUUAAUGAGAAAGCUUCAAGUCCUGAGGAAUGCCAGGCGGCUUGUUCGAGUAAUUGUUCAUGUGUUGCUUAUGCCAUAACUGAGUUUAGUGGUUGUGUGGUAUGGCUUGGUGGUUUGCUCGAUAUUAGACAGUAUAGUGAGGGUGGACAAGAGCUCUAUAUUCGGAUGGCUGCUUCUGAUCUCGGAUCCCAUAACAAAGACAAACGGACGGCGGUGAUUGCAUCGGUUUCAGUGAUUUCAGGGGUUCUUCUCUUGUGUUUAAUCACUUGGUAUGUUAUUCAGAAGAGAGCUCGGAGGAGAAGAGUUUUAACAGCUCUGAGUCUGAGAGUAGAUGAAGCAAGCCCACAUAAUAAUCAAAGCAUUGGGGAUGAAGACCUAGAGUUACCAUUAUUUGAUUUGGUCACUGUUUCAACUGCCACUAACAGCUUCUCGUUCACGCAUAAGAUUGGAGAAGGUGGUUUUGGUCCUGUUUACCGGGGUAAGCUCUUAACCGGACAAGAAAUAGCAGUGAAGAGGCUCUCCAAGGAUUCGAGGCAAGGCCUCAAAGAGUUCAAGAAUGAGGUUAUCUUGAUCGCGAAACUGCAGCACCGGAAUCUUGUUAGGCUCUUGGGAUGUUGCAUUCAUGAAGAAGAGAGGAUGUUAAUCUACGAGUACAUGCCCAACAGGAGUUUGGACUUGUUCAUUUUCAGUCAAACAAGAGGUACAUCACUUGAUUGCCAAAAGCGCUAUGAAAUAAUAGUGGGAAUUGCUCGAGGACUUCUUUAUCUUCACCGGGAUUCAAGAUUGAGAAUAAUUCAUAGGGAUUUGAAAGCAAGCAACAUUCUGUUAGACAGCGAAAUGAAUCCUAAAAUUUCGGACUUUGGUAUGGCAAGAACAUUUGGAGGUGAUCAAUCAGAAGAAAAUACAAGUAGGAUCAUGGGAACUUACGGCUAUAUGUCUCCUGAGUACCAAAUAGACGGGCUAUUUUCAGUGAAAUCCGAUGUCUUUAGUUUUGGGGUUUUGGUUUUAGAAAUAGUCAGUGGCAAGAAGAACAGAGGAUUUUUUCAUGCUGAUCAUGAUCUUAACCUCUUGGGACAUGCAUGGAAAUUAUGGAAUGAAGAAAAUCCUAUGAAACUAAUGGAUGCUUUCAUGGAGGGUCCAAUUAUCAAAUCAGAGGUGGUGAAAUGUAUCCAUGUAGGUCUCCUGUGUGUGCAACAACGUCCCGAAGACAGGCCAACAAUGUCAACUGUUGUGUUGACGUUGGAUAGUGAGAAUCCAAUCCUACCCCAACCUAAACAACCUGGUUUCUACUCGGAAAGAUUUCCCGUCGAUACAGAAUCUUCAUCGACCGGGAAAAAGCCUUAUUAUCAUACUUCAAAUGAAGUAACAAUGUCCAUUUUACAUGGUAGGUAGAAAAGGAGGUCCUCAUCUUUGAAAAUUUUGUUUUGGAAAGCUUGUAGCAUUGUAAUUUCAAAAUUUUAAGUACUAAAUGUAUAUAUGUUAAAAAGGUUAAUUUCAUUAUUUGUAUAAA